AUGGCUGGAGGAAGCCAGAAUGGAACCGCCAACGUCUCCUACACAGAAUUCCUCCUGCUCGCCUUCCCCGGACUCCAGCAAUCCAGAUACCUGCUGGCCAUCCCUUUCUUCUGCCUUUACGUUUUCAUUGUCAUAGUUAACUCCAUACUGAUCUAUACCAUUAAGACCGAGAGCAGCCUCCACUCCCCCAUGUAUGUGCUGAUUGCUCUGCUCUUCGGAGUCAACGUCUGCGGCACCACCGUUAUCCUCCCCGAGAUGCUUCUCAGCUUCAUUUUCGGAGCCAUCCGUGUUUCCCUGACGACCUGCCUCGUCCAGAUGUUCUUCCUCUACUUUGUACUCAUGGUAGACUGCAACGUUCUCCUCAUGAUGGCCCUGGACAGAUAUGUAGCCAUUUGCCACCCCUUGCGCUACAUGGACAUCAUGUCGAAGAAGCUCCUGGCGAUACUGACCUUCGCGGCUCUUGCCCGGAGCUUGGCUUUCGUCAGCCCCGUGGUGAUCCUGGCUUCUCAGGUGCGGUUCUGCCGGUCCAACAUCAUUGGGCAUUUUGUCUGCGAGCACAUGGCCCUCAUGAGGUUGUCUUGCAGUGACAUCUCCAGGAACAAGAUCGUAGGCCUGGUGGCAAGGGCCAUCACCACCAUCUUUGACCUCGGCUUUCUCCUGACUUCGUACAGCCGUAUCAUUCACGUGGCACUGCAGAUGACGUCUGGCCACAUCCGGCACAAGGCCUUCCACACCUGUGGAACUCACCUCAUUGUGAUCCUCACGGUCUAUUCUUGCAGCCUUAUCUCCUCCAUUGUGUUUCGCUUAGCCAGGUCUGCGACUCAGGACGUCCACAAUCUAAUCAGUGCAGUAUACCUGUUGCUUCCUUGGGCAGUCAACCCCAUCAUUUAUGGCAUGAGAACCAAAGAGAUCAGGGACAACCUCCUGAAGCUGUUCAAGAGCAAAUGGUCUUCUCUGAGACCAAUAAUAGGAGGAGGGGUGCAGAGAAUCAAGUGA